GCGGCCGCCUCCGCCGCCGUGCGGGGCCGGGCGCUGUCCGUGGUGCUGAGCCCGGCGGGACGGGCGCUGGCCGAGGUGCUGAUCCAGGAGGACCGGGCGCUGGCCGUGGUGCUGAUCCCAACAGGGGCGGGCGACGUCCGGGCCUUGAUCCCAGCGGGGCCGGGAGCUGUCUGAGGUGCUGAUCCCAGCGGGGCCGGAGCUGUCUGAGGUGCUAAGCCGUGCUGCCCGGGCGGCAUCAUGGUUUUCGCUCCAGGUGAGAAGCCAGGGCUGGAGCAAGAUGAAGUUAAGCUGCAGAUUGCCAGCAAGCAGAUUGUGCAGACUGCCAUCCUCCGAGCAGUGCAACAAGUUUCCCAGGAGAGCCAGCAAAAGGAGAAGCGAACAAACACCGGUACAAGCCUCCAACUAGAAAGAGGAAAACUAACCAAGAAGCAUGAAAAGAAGUAAAGGAGGAGAUUGGGGUUUUUCAACUCCAGUCUGCAAGUGUUUUCAGCCUUCUCUUUAGUAUCAGCUGUAUUGCUAGUGCAAUGCCACUGCUGUAAAGCAAACCAAAGUAUUAUCACACCUAGACAUAGGGUAAAACUGCAAUAGUCCUCAUCUGAGAAAUACUAAGUGCAUUAGAUGAAUGACUCCAUAUUUAUGCAGUGCCUCUUAACAGAAACAAUAUAACCAUAGCUGUAAAAGUAGUUUCAAGCACAAGCUCUUAUGAUAUGAGCUUAUUCUCAAAAGCUUGUUGCCAGUGCACUUUCAUGCUAAGUUCUGCGAGCACCAUUUACGUCAGUUCAGCUGGACGGACCCUUCCCUGCGUUUCUGGGCUCACUGAAGCUCUCUUGGCUGAGGAAAUCGUUUAUUGUGAGGUGUAGCAGAAUGAUUUCAGGCUCCCUUGAAGCACGAGUUUGUACUUUGCUCUGAUUAGAUAUGAACUGUGUGAGAUGGCAGUAAAAAGUGGAUUUGGUAAGUUCUGUGAACCAGUGUAUUUUUUCAUCUUGGGGGAAAAAAAGCAAUCCAGUAAGACUGCAGUGACUGUGAUCUAUGACUAUGAUCAUAUAGCUAUGAUCUAUGUCUUUUUUUAAAAGAAGUUAAAUACUGAAGUUUUAGUCUAUUUAUUUAAAUACUUCUAUACUUCUGCAUAAAAAUCACUUGUGCCUCAACUAUUCCUUUUAAUUUUCUUGAUAUUGAAAGAAAAGGAACUGAUGUGAAGAAAAGUUGGCCAGAAUUUGCUCCAGUUUUGCAAUUCUUCUGGGUCUUGAUUUACAGACAGUGAAGACUGAAGUGUCUUAAAUAAAGGGAGGUUGAAUAUAUUAAUAUCUUUAAGGAUGAAAAUAUACAGUAUCUGAAUUCUGUCAUGGUAGGUAUUUCUCACCUGCUGGGUGUAAAGUGACUUUAGAUAUUUGCAGUUGUUACAUAUUCAACUUAAAUAGCACUGUGUGAAGCUGGUGAUACAGGGCUUAUCCUUUCAACUGCUCUAUAUAGCUGAAGAAAUCCAUGAUGUUUCUGAAAAUACAAAUUAAAUAAAUGUACCCUUCACUUUUAUUGCUCCCUUUAUGGAAUGAUGAUUGCACUAUUAUACAUGUGAAAUGAAUAACUGUAUAUUUAAAUCUAGAAAUGGCUUGUAGCUCUGCUUCAAAUGAAUUCCUGUAUUCCUGUAGUAAUACAGCUGGAAAUACAAAGAGGAAGAUGCCCUGCAAAACUUUCUUAAUGGCUUUUCUACUCAGCUAGAUGAUACUCAGAGACUGUGGGUUAAAUAAUUGGCUAUUACUGUGUCCUGUUGCUUCUGUUAAACGAUUUUGGGAUUCCUUCUGUUGGACAGAGGCUUAGUCAUGAAUAACCACAUACUGUAAUAUUAAGUCUUUGUAAUCUGCUUGGUUUCUUUUUAUUUUUUAAAUUUUUUAAUUUAACAGCACUGACUCAUACAAGAUAGUGAUUUAGCUCAAUCUUCUUUCACUUAAAAAUGCAAACAGGAAUUCAACAUGAUUGAAAGUGUUCCAAAUAAUCUAGUAAUGAAAACUGACCUGGAUUCCAAGUACACAGGUGGUUCACUUCUGUAGACACUGGGUGAGUUUUUAGUCGAGCAAACUUUGAAAGGUGAAAGUAGUUGGGUCUUGAGGCACGUAUGUGUUUUUGUAAUAGUUAUUUUUUAACCAUUAGAUUUUUCACCAGUUCACCUUUGUUUGGGAGGCACUUCUUUUCUAAGCACUCUUUGCAUUUUUCUCUCUGAGAGCCUAAGAAAACUGAUCAUGAAUGAAGGUUCAGUUCUGAGGCUGAUGAGCAGAAACAGGAACUGUUUCUUUUUAUGCCAUUUUUAAAAUUAAUCCUUUUGGCAAGAGAAGAAUUUAAAAAACCAGUGAAUCUGGGCUUUUGCCACUGCUUCAUAUUAGCCUAUUCCACUCGUCCUCCCACUGUGCACUUCUACAAUAUCACUUUACUCUCUCUUUGCAACUGCCCUCAUCUUAUUAGGCACACUAUUUAUUACUCAACUGUUUAAUAGUCAUGUCCAUCAUUGUCAGAACACCAAUGCCAUCAGAAGUCUAAUAUCUUGGAAAAUAAAAAAUGACUGGGAGCCUUGGCUUCUUAUAUGCUUAUUAGACAAUCUCAUGAAGUACUUACUGUGUGCUCAUGAGGUGUGUAGUAAUUUAUGCCUUAUUCAGCACCAAAAAAAAUACAUAUCUUAGAAAUACAAGGCAAUCAAAAAGGUAAAUAUAAGUAAUUAAAACAAACUUACCACUUAUUAGCACUUACGGUGGUAAGCAAAAUGUUGUACAAAUAUGUGAAAUUAUAUUUAUCACAACUCCAGAAGAAGAGAGGAAUCACAUGUGUGUGGCUAUCCUGCACUAUGCUUGCUAUGCUGUCAUUCAGGUUGAUUAUAACAAUUUUAUUAUCAUGAUGCACUCUUCUUUGUAAGGUUAAUAAAGCAGCAAUGCCUAAAUGGAGAUUCACAUGGCCACAGCAGGAUGUUGUAACAGAUUACUAAAUGCCACUGUACAUCAAGUUUUUGGUCCUGUGUGGUCACACUGGAAAUCUCUGCUCUAAAAUAAAUAAAACCAACAACUGUGACUUGGAAACAGCCAUAUUAAUUUUAUCAUUUCAGAAAAAUAAAAAAGCAUUCUGUGAUAAUAUUAUGAGUUGGAGAUUCUUGGAUGUUUAUUCAAUAGCAAACAAUCACCUGGAAGUCUUACUGACUCUACUCAAGUCAUGUAUGAUUUUAUUUUUUUCUGGUGAUAUUUUUUAAGUGUCUCAGAUUAUAGUAUAUUUACAAUGGUAAGUAUGUAAAAUUGCUUUGUAACUAUUCUUAAUAUGAUUACCAUGAAAUAUGCUGCAGUUGUUCUUUAAAUGUGUGCCUAUGUCAAAUACACAGUUAAUGUAUCAUUACUGAAGGCUUUGCUAAAAAAAAAAGUUUAAUUUCAAUUAGUAGAAAAUAUAAAAGGAAGUAAAAUGAAUUCUUG